AUGUUGGAGAUGGAGGCCGAGGUAAUGGCCAAAAAGAGAGCGUGGUCGCCGUUCGUUCGGACGUAUUCCCGGCCUGCACAAGAGGUUGAGGACGACCUGGUGAAGUACGUAGGUGACUACGUCAAGCUUGACCAGGCUGCCAUCGCCAGGAAGGAGCUGCCACUGCUGCGCCCGGAUUUACCACCAGGCAAAUCGGGUCCUAUUGGCGCCAUGGCAGCGCUGAACAAGCUCGUCAAGUGCCUCCGGGAAGGAUGCGGCCAGGAUCCGUUCGACGUCAACCAAAUGUAUAUCCCGCUUGGUAGAGGGCCGAAGACUGGGCUCAUGAGGUGGUCCAAGAAAGGAGGGACCGGAAAGAACGAGAACUUCCACGGUGGCAUCAACCGCCUGGUGAACGGCGUGGCUCGGCUCGGUGCGGAAGCGUGCGAUGCGAGGCUGCUGCAACGCAUUCAUCGUCACAACCACGACAUGGACCGAAAGCUUGGCCGCACCAGCAAGCAGUCUACCCUGUGGGUCUGGAGGGAGCGUAAGGCGAACGCUGCAGCCGAGUCGAUCCUCACUUCGCGCCCGUUCCCCCGAGCGGGUGACACUCCGACGGUGGCCGCGGAGGACUUUGAGCCUAUGGGGUUCGAAUACGCCGAACAGAGGAGAGCCAACGCUCUGACAAACGCGAAAACCGCCGCGGCGAACUCGCUAGUCCUCACCCGUACUUCUCUGCCGUCAACGACGGCAGGAGAUACCAGCCGGGCGGGGGCCGCGGCCGUCGGGGCAGGAGCGGGGGCUCCGGCGGGGACCGCGGUGGGUGCAUGUGCGAGGGUGAUGCCGUUGCCGUUGACCAACAGAGGAGGUCGGCCGGGAGCGGCGGCGCUCAUGCCGUCGACGAUAGCGACAGGUUCUUCCGCCGGUGCGGGGGCCGUGCCGCCACUGCUGUUGCCGCCAACGGCGACAGGAGGGGCUGCCGAGGGGGCGGGGGCCGUCCCGCCGCUGUUGUUGCCGUCAACGACGACAGGAGUUGCUGCCGAGGGCGCUGCGGGUGCCAGUGGCGGCGGGGUGAUGGGAGGUGCGACCAGCAGGACCUACCGCAGCAACGCUGGAGAAGCCGCCGCCCAGGACAUCUCGCGCGGUAACUACGGGGGGGGGCGGCGUUUGCCUUCAAGGCACCCGACCCUGGAGAGGGUUAAAGCGUUGACUCCGACAAGUGAUGCAGAGCUGGAGGCCUUUGCCACCUGUCUCGCGGAAGCGACGAUGGUCUGCGACGGGAAGAGCCAGGUGAUGACCGAGGCGACGAAACGUUACAACGCAAGGUAUUACAGACAAGCACUUACGGGUGGCGCGCCGAAACUUAUCCGUGCGCCUACUACGGUAGAGAAGGCGCGAAAUCGAUCCAAGAUAGCGGCCAAGGCAGGAAGGGACCGAGAUGCCGCCGCCGACCUCGCAGCCGUGAACGAGAUAUCUCGAGUCAGGACGUCCUCUGCUUCGACUUCUACUUCGACACCGCCGCCAGCAUCGAAGCGCGCCAGAGGGGACAGAGAUAGAGCGAGUGAAAGAGUCGCUAGCGGGGUGCCUUUGAAGCUUGAACAGAUCAGCACCCUCACGGACGCAGCCGCGAUCGCCUACAUGAAAGCCAUAGGGUUGAAGUUGACAGGCAAUGUUGCACUCAAGCGGAAGAAACUAUCCGACUUUUUCGAAAGCAAGAAUAUUUCAGAGUACAGGUACUCUCCGUCAAGGCCUGCGACAUCGCCCGCGCCCGCCGAAGGACCCGCCAGUGGGCACAUGUCGAUCCGAGGGUUGGGGACUCGAAAUAUCUGCUGGUGUUGAGUUGGUGUAGAUGUAUUUAUCGGCGGGGCCUGCUCUUUCUCCACCUUUGAUCCAGACAAUUAAAUAUUAUUUAUGAUUCCAUGCGUGGACCGUCAAGGGUGAUGGCUCUGUCCUCCUCUGUGCGUUUUGUUGUCUGGCGUAUGUGUUUGCCUCCUGCGUGGGAGACGGGAUAGAUAUUCCGUUCGUCUCGUCCCGAACGACCGG